CGCAGUAACGUUCAUUUUUGUAGCACACAUAAUCUAGAAAUUAGCGGUCUCCUCGAACGUACUCGUCAUUCGAGUUGUCUACUCUUAGCAGAAAUAUAUUGAACUCAAUAGGUAAUCUUGGUAGUGCGGUCAAGGCGGGUGGUUCCGUUGUUCCGAGUUAGCAAAACAUAUGUGCAAACAUAAAUGUAGUGAAUUAUAUUAACUUGACUGUGUUCCUAAAUUAUUUAAAACAUGAAGAAUUGUGUGAUAAUUUUAUGUGGAGUAUUCCUUUUACAAAACUGCUUAGGUCUAGAAUACAACAGGGGGCAGCGGUUUAAUUAUAAUGCCAAUACUGAUUUCUUAUUACACGAAGGAGGUGCUCCAACAUCUGGAAACCAAUCACCUACAAACCAAAAUGGAGGUAAAUCAAACUAUGCUGCUCAAUUUCCAGCACUUGGCCCCCCAAGCUCAUCGCAGUCACAAACAAUUGCGUCGUCUAAUAUGAACGCUGGGCGUCAAACCAAUGCCCAAUCAUCCAGCGGAAAAAGGGACUAUGUUGCGCCACAGUAUCCGACCAUUAAACCGACACAACAAAUUACACAGGCCUCUGGAGGGAACAGUCCCACUCCCAACGCAUGGCAAAUGCCAUCAAAUAAUCAAAAUGGUGGUAGGCCUAAUUAUGCUGCUCAAUUUCCGUCACUUGGUCCUCCGUCCUCCACAUCACAAACAUCUAAUAAUCAAAAUGUUGGACCUCAACGUAAUACUCAAUCAUCCAAUGGAAAACGAGACUAUGUUGCGCCACAGUAUCCAACCGUUAAACCGACACAGCAAGUUACCCAGGCUGCUGGAGGGAACAGUCCCACUCCCAACGCAUGGCAAAUGCCAUCAAAUAAUCAGAAUGGACCUCAACGUAAUCCUCAAUCAUCCAACGGAAAACGAGACUAUGUUGCACCUCAAUAUACAACAGUGAAGCCAAACCAACCAAACAAUCAACCUACUGUAUCUGGGGGUAAGGUAAAGGAUCUCAUCAACUUCUAUGAUAGCAAAAAUCCAAGCCAAGGGGGAACAUUUAGUUAUAGUUCAAUUUUACAAGGUAAUAACAAAAAUGGACCCCAUCCAACACCAACUGUACCGUCUACACCUAUGUCCUCAUCGGUCCAAACGCCAAAACCAUUUAGCUCUGUAGUAGCUGGUAACAAACCUAGCACGCUUUCUACAUUUACGACUCCUACACCAACAACGCGACUUCCCAGUACACCUAUGUCUAGUUUCUUCCGCUCCUUGUGGUGGUCUCUGGCUGCGACUGUGGUUGAGGUGGAACUGGCGAUGGAGCAGAUGACGGUGGUGGUGACGGCGUUGAAGCAGCUGGUGGUUGUGGUGACGGCGAUGUUUUGUGUGACAAGCCAUCAUCAUUGUUCAUGCGCCUAUGAUGGACGAGAUGCUCUGGAACAGCUGAGAGUCGAAUUGCUUGCCUCGAUCCGUGGUGAUGGUUUCUGGGCACCCAAAACGAGCGACCCAGCCAGCAAUGAGGGUGCUGGCGCAGGUCUCCGCUGUGACAUCAGCGAGAGGUACUACUACUUAGGUAUAUUUUCUUCUACAGGCUUUGUGACACCAGACCCAAGGCAACAAAGAGACUUUCUUAAGCAGAUAUGGUUCAGUUUGUACUCCCGGGGCAAAGGAAAAAUUGGAAGUUCUGGAUUCGAACAUGUGUUUGUAUCUGAACUAAAGAACGGAGGCGUUUCUGGUUUACAUAACUGGAUUUAUUUCUCGAGAGAAGAACUAGCAAACCGUGUUAAUUAUCUGGGAUAUUUGAAAUAUGAAUUGCUCAACGAUAAAGGAGCUGUUAUGAAGAUCCAUUUCAAUCAACAAGGUGUGGACAAACCUGUGAACAGCCUGUUUGUUGGAACUUCGCCGGAGUUAGAAAUGGCACUGUAUACAGUCUGCUUUGUGACACGUGUGGACAACGACUGUAAACUAAAACUGGCAAACAAAGAUGUUAACAUUAUAACAUACAAUUACCGUUAUCGUAGCAAAAAUUUGAUUGGGAGCGCAUAUCCUCAAAUAUAACAAAGUCAAUCAUUGUAAUUAUUAAAAUAUCUAGUUAAGAUUAUUAUUUUAUAAACUUUAAUCGUAGUGCAUAAUUAUAAUACUCAAUAAUAACUAAUUUACUGCUUUAAUUUCUCAACUAAAUGUUAAACAGGUUUUUUGGAAACUAAAAGCACUUUGUCAUACAUGCAAUUAGAAGCGUCAGCACCAUUAAUUUGUGACCGCAUUAUAAAUAAUUAUCUUUAUAACAUA